CGUGCGCGUGUUCUUGAAUGUCGCGUAUCCGCGGAUGGUGGCUGGAGGACGAAAAGCGUGUUUACACUGACAGGCCGAGCGCCUGGGGAAUAACGCGCGGCGAGAGGAAGUGAGCCGGCUCGCUGUCUGCCUGCACCAACUUCCUGCUCAAAGAGAGAGAGAGAGAGAAAACAGUCGGGAUCCCAUUACAGUCCGACUGAAAGCUGCCGAGACGGCCGACAGCAUGGAAAAACAGCACAUUGUACGGAAUUCUUUUUAGAAAAGUGAAAAAGAAACCAAAAAACAUUACGCACAGAUAUGGAGAGUGCUAUCACACUGUGGCAGUUUCUGCUGCAGUUGCUGCUGGACCAAAGCCACAAGCACCUGAUUUGCUGGACAUCCAAUGAUGGCGAGUUCAAGCUACUCAAGUCCGAAGAGGUGGCCAAACUCUGGGGACUUCGCAAGAACAAGACCAACAUGAACUACGACAAACUAAGCCGAGCACUACGCUACUAUUACGACAAGAAUAUCAUCAAGAAAGUGAUUGGUCAGAAGUUUGUUUACAAGUUCGUCUCGUUCCCUGACAUUUUGAAGAUGGAUCCUCAAGCAGUCGAGCUCGGUCGGGACGGGGGUCAUGUCGCAGGGGGCGUCAUGUUGCAGGAGGUUGAUUCUGAUUCUGGUGAGGGAGAGGAGUCUCCAAAGCUGUCGCUGACAUCGCUGAGAAGCCCAGCCUGUAGGAACGAGUAUCUUCACUCAGGUCUAUACUCAUCUUUCACAGUCAGUUCCCUCCAAAGCCCACCUCCACUGCUGCGUCCAAUCAAAGUUGAGAAACAGCGAGGGGAAGAGGGACCAACGGUGAUACGGUUUGUCACAAAUCGGUCAGAGAGGGUGAUACCCUCCUCACCGCCACCCACCUCUGCAGAGCUCUUCUUCACAUCGAAACCCUCCCCCUGCUCUUCUCGUAGCCCCUCCCCCUCUUAUAGUCCCACCUAUACGCUGCGACCGGGGCGGAGCCAAGAGGCUCACAUAGACGAAUUAGAACAGAGCGCUCAGCCUCUGAACUUAUCAUCCGGACACAGGGAGCGAGCCCAGAACCAAGCAACUCCUCCCGAGAGGAGGACCAGUAGCAAUGGAUUUCCUCCCAAAGCCCGGAAACCCAAAGGGCUGGAAAUCUCCGCCCCUUCCAUACUGUUUUCAGGAAGUGACUUGGGCUCCAUCGCCCUCAACAGCCCAGCACUGCCCUCAGGGUCACUUACACCAGCCUUCUUCACUGCACAGACUCCCUCUGGUUUGCUGUUGACACCCAGUCCUCUCUUGUCCUCCAUUCAUUUCUGGAGCAGCCUGAGCCCCGUAGCCCCCCUCAGUCCGGCGAGACUACAGGGACACAGUUCACUCUUUCAGUUCCCCACCCUACUGAACGGACCGCUUCCGAUGCCUCUUCCCAACCUGGACUCAUCUUCAUCGUCCUCUUCUCUUCUCCUGUCCUCCAGCGUGCAGAAAUCCUGAUUAAUGGACAGUUAGCCCUAUAUUUCCUCAGUUAUACCUAUACUUUUACACUAAGGAAUUAUGGACCUUCAAGUCAUUUUGAGCCCGACUCUACUCACUUCGCCCCCUUGUGGCCAACUACGCAAAUUGCACCCUUGAAUGUAAGAUUCUUUAUAGACCUUAUUCACGCUAGUGCCAUCUUUGUUUUUUAAUGGGAAUGGUAAUAAGGAUGUAAGGGACAUAGCAUGUCUUCAUUGGAACGGUGUAAAGCUGUAUAAAGCUUCUAGAUGAUCGCAUCUGAUUGUCCACAACUUAUGAGUUCUUUGUAUACUGAAUGUUCUCGGACAGAUGUUUUAUCAAUAUUAUGUCUGCGGAUUGAUCCAAAACACUUUAAACUGCAGUACAUCCCAUUGAAGAGACUGGAACUCUAUCCCUCACAGCCUCGUUGUCAUUCCCAUUAAAAAUCAAAGAUGGCGCUAGCAUGAAUAAAGUCUGUACUGUAAAAUGUUUAAACGGACCAGCAAGCUAUGUGAUUUAAACAUUUUUUAACUGUGGCUGCAAUCCAAACAGCUCACCAAGUUCCUCUCUCAAGCUUUUUAAUAGGGAAUUAUUAUGACAAAAGGCUGAAGAACAUGAAGUGUCCUUCUGAGGACAUGGUGAGUCACUAGAAAUGCAGUCUUAGAAUCUGAAGCCUCAUUUUAUUGGAAAACGUCUGAGACUUGCAUUUUUGGCAAGUUAAUUUUAAUGUCUCUUUAACGGCAUUGGCAGAUAGAGACAAACUGCCAUGCAGGACCUUUCUGGAUUAUGUUCAAUGUAAAAACCGAUUCAAAAUGCAGUGCUUGUUCCUUCAACACAGAACUCUCUCCAGAACCUCUCAAAACGGCCCAAUAAUCCUUCAAGCAAAACCUCUGAUGUGUUCCCAACGGUUCUCCCUUAACAACAAAUAAGGUGCUCCAACUGGAUUUUUCUCCUUAUUUUUGACCAGUACAGUAACACCUGGAGUUAAUAUUCCAAAGAGAAGUUUAAACAUGUUAUAGGAAUCUUAUUAACAUUUUUAAAUAGUAAUGUUCUGGGGUCAGUACAAGCUAUGCUUUAUCGACAGCAUUUCUAGCACAAUGUUUAUUAAAACAUAAAUUAUAUUUGACAUGUCCCUCAAAAUAAAUAAAUAAAUCAAAUCAAAUAAAAAUGCGGUUACAGUAAUGUACUCACAAUGGAAGUAAAAAGGGCCAGCGUUCCGGAGGGUUUCAAUGCAAAAAUGUGCAAUUAAUAUUUUUGUUAAAGCACUUACAUGAAUUAUACAGUAAAACCCUGUUUACUGUUGUGAUAUAUAGUUUACCUACUUUUCUAGGUGGAUGAUCUUCUAAUUAUCCAUCACCAACAUAUUCUGUAGGCGGAGUUUGCAAUCAUAUCCUUGCACGUAUCGUACAUAUUACUGGCUCUGAUGGCGUUACAUCAACAUGACAACAAAGUUGAAAGUCUGGAUAGGCUAUAACUUUACACCGACAAGGUCAGCAAGCAAAUCUAUCACUGUAGUUUAUUGUAUAAAUGGUAAGUUCUCCAAAAAAAAAAAAAUAAUUCUCUCAUUUACUCACCCUCAUGUCAUCCUAGAUGUGUAUGUAUUUCUUUUACACAAAUUAAGAUGUUUAGGAGAUUAUCUCAGCUCUGUAGCUCCAUACAAAGCAAAUGGUGGCCAAACCUUUGAAGCUCCAAAAAGCACAUAAAUGCAGGAUAAAUGACUCAAGUUGUCAAGAAGCAAUUUAAGUGUGAGAAACAGAUCAAUAUAUGUCCUUUCUUUACUAUAAAUCUCCACAUUCAAACAGCCCUUCCAAGCACUCCUCCAUCUUUAGUUAUUUUUCUUUUGUUUCUUUAUGGGACGGCUGUGGCUCAGGUGGUAGAGCAGGUCGGCUUCCAAUUGCAGGGUUGGUGGUACGAUUCCCGGCCCACACGACUUCACAUGCCGAAGUAUCCUUGGGCAAGACACUGAAACCCCAAUUUCAAUGGGGUUGAAGUGUAUGAGUGUGUGUGUGAAUGGGUGAUUGGGACACAGUGUGAAGCACUUUGGGAACCUCUAAGGUUAAAAAGCGCUAUAUAAGUGCAGACCAUUUACCAUUUAGGGAUGAGAAUUAAUAGGAAAAAAGGACAAUUGAUCGGUUUCUCUCAAACAUCUAUCUGAUCCUUCAUGAAGACAUGGAUUUAACCACUGGAGUCUUAUUUUGAGACAUGUUUUUAAUGCUGCCUUUGUUUUUUUUAGCUUCAAAUUAUUAGACCCUGUUGACUUGCAUUGUAUAUACCUGCAUAGUGGAGAUAUUCUUCAAAAAACGUGUUUGUGUUUGCAGAAGAUUGUCAUACACAUCUGGGAUGGCAUGAGAGUGAGUAAAUGAGAGAAUUUUUGCUCUUUAAACUUUAUUGCCUAGCCCAGUGUAACCAAAAUUCUUGUUUAAUAAAAAACUGAGGGACAAGUUGAAAUUAUUUUCUGUGGUAUUGGACAUUUUUAAUGCUGUUGAUAGACCUUAAAGGGUUAGUUCACCCCAAAAUUUUAAUUCUUUAAUACUCGCCCUCACGCCAUACCAGAUGUGACUCAUUCAUUUGUGGAACACAAAUAAAGAUUUUUUAGAAGAAUUUCUCAGCUCUGUGGGUCCAUAAAAUGUAAGUGAAUGGGACACUCCAAAAUCCAUGCAAGGACAAAUCUGGUGGUUAAAUCCAUAUCUUCUGAAGAGAUAUGAUAGGUGUGGGUGAGAAACCGAUCGAUAUUAAAGUCCUUUUUUUACUAUAUCUUCCCUGCUCUGUCGAUCUCCACUUCACAUUGUUUUUCUUUUGUUUUGGCGAUUCAUCAUUCUUCAUGCAUACCUCCCCCAACUGGGCAGGGAGAUUAAUUUAUGGUAAAAAAAAAAAAAAAAAAGUCUUAAAUCCUUUUCUCACACACAACUGUCAAAUCGUGUCUGAACACAUGAUUUAACCACUGGAGUAAUAUGGAUUUUGAAGCUUUAAAAAUGUGGCACCCAUUAAUUGGAAUUGUGUGGACCUAAAGAGAUUAAAUACUAUUCUAAAAAUCUUAUUUUUUGUUCUGCAGAAGAAAGUCAUACACUUCUACGAUUGGAUGAGGGUGAGUACAUUUUUGGGGUGAACUAUCCCUUUAAUUUGUAUUGAACUCGUAACAUUCAUUCAAGUUUUUUUUUAAUAUAUAUAUAUUUGAGGCUGUGAACCGGGUUUCUAUUUGUUUGUUUGUCUGACAUUGUUUUGUAAUUGCAUUUUGUAUGCAAUGUGCUUCAAAUGUACUACCGGCUGUGCCUUUUUGUAUAAGAAAUUGUGUAUUUGUAUUUUCCAGCUUAAAAACAUUUUAAAUUUUUUUUUGUAAUAGACGAAAUUCCAUUUCAAUAUUGGAAAGAGGCUUUGUUAUAGCUAAUUAUUUUCAUUAAGGAAUUGGUUAAAAAAAAAAAUAUUAUGGUAAUAAUUGUAUAUUUUUUGCUUUCCAAGUGUCAAGAAAAUGUGCCUUGUGUUUUUAAAAUAAAAGAAGCAUAGAAUGCGAUUCAACGUCUU